UCGUGAUGUCAGGGCAGUGCUAGCAUAGCAUCGGGAUGACUAAAGUGCCUUUCUCGAUUAAAACUUCUCCUGCGGCCACUGUCAGCUAACACUUUAGCUCUUUUUUCGUCUACCGACAUGCUGUUACCGGGGUGGAGGGGUGUCGGAGGAUGUGUCCUUCCGCACGGACGUUAACACCGGGAUGAAUCCUCUCGUGACGGGAUGCUGCUGCUCGGUUAGUCUCUCCGGAGCUCAGAUUUAUGAGCCACACAAGCUAGCAGGCUAGUUAAUUAACUCUCAGCUGCUCCGGCUGGAAACAAGGAGUUAUGGCGCGGCUCGUGUUGGAGCAACUGUCAGAUUUUGGGGACUACACCGGCGGUAAAGAGCUGACUGAGAUCUUUAACCUGACAAAUAACGAGCUGAAAAACAGUCUGUCAAAUGUUCGCGUGAGCCCAGAUGGACGUCAUAUUCAUGUCAUCCUCAGCAAGGUCGGUCUUGUGACUUUUGACAAGUAUGAAAGACCACAUCUGGCCCAGAACCACAAGAAGCUGGAUUUAACCCAAACUGUGCCUGUGGUGGAUGUUUUAUAUCUGGACUAUAAUAACAAUAACAACAGCAGAGACACAGUGGCAGUGGUGUUUGAGAAUGGAAAAGUUGAGUUUUGGAAAUUCCAGGAGUGCAAAGCUGGCUGGCAUCUCCUGCAGGCAUCGGAUUUGUGUAACAGCCCCCGAGCCAGAGUGGUGUCUGUGUGUGCCUGUCCCAAUCUUAUCAUCUGGUGUGAGGAGAGGCCGCCGUCAGAGAGCAGCCCUGCUCUCAGCUCCACGAGGAAUAAGCUGAGAUACUGUGUUUGCAGACGUGACUUCGAGGUGGAGGAGGGGGCUGUCAGCUUGGGAGGAGUGAAAAUCGCCCUCCACAAUAAUCCCAAAUUCACUGUGGUCAGCUCUGGUGAAUAUGUGCAUCUUCUUCCUGAUGUGAAGCCACAGUUGAGCGUCUCUAAGUUUUUUCUCUCCUGGUCCCCUCGCAGUGACUCAUUCACAGUCAGCACCACGUGCAAAAACACACCUCUAAAAAAGUUUUCAGCUAAAGAGUCAGAUUUAAAGAGGCUGGUGACAGACUGUUUAGGAUAUUUAUCAACUCUCGACCCACCUGAGAUCUACGACUUUGCUCCAACAGCCUGUGGAGGCCUGCUGCUGCUGCUCAGCACAGGGUGGGUGUUUCUUCUGCAGAAAAAUAUGGUGCUCCGGCAGGUGUACAAAGUGGAAGACAACUGUUUGGGCAAAUCUGGCUCUCGCACGAGCCUCUGCAUAUACCAGGGCACUUUGGCGCUGCUGGUAGGGCAAAAUCUGCAUCUGAUAGAUGUGAAGUGUGGCAGAGAGCUGGAAAAAAUAAUACUGAAGAGAGAGGGGUUGUUGUAUGUAAAUCAGGCUGAAAGAUGUGCACCUCAUCUACUCUCAGAAACUGGACUUUUUGUGGUUAUGAGCAGGGAGACGGACUCCAGAGACUGCAGCUCAAAGCUGACACCUUCUGGUCUCGGUUCAGUGGAGAGGAUUGAUCCCGGAGCCCUCCUGGUCGAGGCAGUCUUUGAGGAGGCUUGUAAAUACUACCAACAGAGGAGCCUGAGCAGCACCCAGCUCACUGUGGACGCACUAAAGAAAGGAGGCAGGUUCCAGGCUCCCAUUUCUUUAGCCUCCAUCCUCAAGAACUACCUCAGCACGGGGUUGAGGCAGAAAGGAGCCCAGAACAGAGGAGGUGGAUGCGACGCAGGGCAGGACAAGCUAAUGGGCUCUCUGGAGGCUGAGCUCAAGGCUCUGGUGUCUCUGGAGGAGGUGAAGGGGAGUUUAGCGAGGGGGACUGUUAAAGAGGUGGAGGCUGUGUGUGAGAGUCUGGUUGAGAAAGAAGUAGCCAGGCUGCUGUCAGCGUCAGAGCUGGAUAAAGAGGCGCUGCUUUACCUCAACUCCAUCUUCAGCAUCUUCCCCAGCCAGGUGUGGAGGGCGGCGCAGGCCGCCCUCCAGCUACACUACAAUGGAGAGGGCUCUCUGUCCAGCAGGGCUUCCCCAGACUUGUGGAAAACUGUCCUCAGUCCUGCUCUGACACCCAGCACCCCAUCCUGCCUCACAAACGGCGAGCCAAAACACAGUCAUAGCCUCAAAGGUGAUCGCAACUGUAAAGCUACAAGUUCCACUCCCCCAGCUGUCCUGCCGGUGUUUGAGCUCCUCUGCCGCUCAGUGUUUCACUUCCAGCCCAGCUGGUUGCCCAGAUUCCUCGAACUCGCCCAGCAGCAGCAGGGCACGGCCGGCCUGAGCCUGAGCCUGGCCUCCUCAUCCUGGGGCUUCCCCGGUGGGAGAGGAGGGGAGAGCGGGGAGAACAAUGUGCCGCUCUACAAACGAGCCCUGUGCGUCCUGUCCAGCCUGGCACCAGACAGAGACCAGCGCCAGGACUUGGAGGUGGAGCUGCUGUUGGUCAGUGGGCGCCCUAAUGCCAUCCUGCAGGCGCUGAGGAUCCUCAUGGCCAGGCAGGAGUGGGAGCGGGUCACCCAGGUGGCGCAGAAGUUCUGCAAACAGAGUCCGCUGCUCAACAAGGAGAUUUUCACUACUCUGCUGUGCGAGGUGGCUCAGCACAGGGACCUGGAUCCCUAUCUGGAGCUGCUGUGGGCGCUGUGCCCCGAGGACCUCACCGUCACCACCAUUCUCAACUUGGUGCUGAAAAACCUCCCCUCUCCUACCACCCCUCCAUCCUCCUCCUCCUCCUCCUCCUUCUCCAUAUCCAGUACAACCUCCUCAUCCUCUGCUCCCUUUGCAGACUCUCACAGCAGCCAGCUGACUGUCGGGCUGCUGAAACCUCUUCUCAGAAAAGUGCUUCAGAGGGAGAUGAAGCCCAGCCAGCGCUAUGCAGACAUCCUCCAGUCACCAUCAUUCCCCCCUCCUGCACCUCCUCGCCAGCCUGCAGAGCAGCCCAGGACUGCCACAGAUCCCAGCACAGACUCAGCUCUCGGCAACAACAGUCCUCCAGCUUCUCUUGCAGAAACACCCGACCAGCAGUCGUCCACACACACAACAUCCAGGGUGGCACUACCUGCUAACGCGCUCUGAUUACCAAAAAAAAAUGAACAAACAUGUCUCAAAAAACAUUCCACGUGUAAUCUGACCAAACUGUGAAGCAGAGUGUGUUGACAAUCAAAUGAAACCAGAAUAAUAUCAGUAUGUGGCACAUAUCACCAGUGUAAUGCAGUUAAUUCUGAUAUUUGAUGGUGUUUUUAAAAUGGUGUGAAGUAUUACUACUAGAAACCAUGAAAUGACUACUGAGGAUCUUACCAGUGUAAAUACUGCAGGUAAUUUUAAGUCUUAACGUGUAAAUACUGUGUCUGCAAUGUUAUUUAUCUCUUAAGCCUGAACUGCACGUGGAUGAGGAUGUUAUUGCAUUGUUCUGCAUUGAAUAAGCUUAACCUUUAUCAGAAUGCCACCAAUUAAUAAAUAAUAUAUUGUGUUAGCACAGUGCAGCGUUUAUCUGCUGAGUCAAAAACAAGCCACUAACAUCUACGUGUAGAAUAUUUUUUGCCUUUAAAGUAGCAGAUGUCCGCUAAUUGUAGCCGAGUUUAGCUGCCUUUCAGCUAAUGUCAAAGUGUGCUCAUGCAGCAGAUAAUCCACUGAGACAAGCUGGCCUUUGUGUGUGUUUGUUUUAAGUGUGGUACGGUUUAGACGCGGAGGAGGGUCCAAGGUUCUUUUACUGACUACUAGUUUUGUACUUAACAUAUCAAAAGUGCUUAAACAUUAACCUGGUUUUGAUGGGCUCAACUAGACUGUAAAACCUCUGUAAACCAAACCCAAAACCUUUUGCUGCCAUUUUUCAGUUACGGUCAUCCAUUUGUGUCUCCAGACUUCAUCUUGUCCUCUCUGCUCCUUCGCAGCCCAACUCGCAGGACAUUCCAGACAUUAUACCCAGUAAAGUGACUCACAGUUUGACUUUAAAUUUAAUUUUGGAGGUAAUUCUGUUAGAAUCCGAGUGCGGGUUGGGCACGCUGUGACUAGAUGCCCUGCUGCUUGCAUAAGCUCAUGUACGUCUUCCUUCAUGGACCCAGUGAGGGUAAUGUAAUUAGAGAUGUUAGGUCCUCUGUCUUCUUUUUUUUGCUGUGCUCUGAAACUGGUUGCACUUUUAUAUCAUCCCACUCAGUAUUGUUUGUACCAUGCAUCUAUUGAAAUGAAUGUUUUCUGAUUAAGUGCUGUAAAAAUAAGUAUUUUGAAGUGCCUAUCAAUGACUUUGUCAAUGCCUGAGCAGUCUAAAGCUUGUUUUAGUCAAAUUGGGUGUUUUUUGUAUGUAAAUGUGGAGCCCUCCAAAGCAAAAUGUUAUUUAUUUUAUAGCAAUCUUUGGAAAACUACUAAAUUAACAACCCUGCAUGGGCGAGACAGAGAAACUAGUCUCUUAAAGUGCUCAGUGACAAUCAGACUCCAAAUGCUGCAGAACAAUCAGAGUGUCUUUCACAGCGCGGCUCUUCAUUUACAAGUUAGUGUCACAUUCCUGCUGCAGCUCCUCUCAUGUUCAGGAGAAAAUGAGUGAAUGUAUUUUAGAAGAUAACAGCUCCUGGUCUCAACAGUCAAAGGCUUUUUUUUUUCAAUUUCAAGAUGAAACUUACUGAUUUCUUACUCUGGUCUUACUGGUAGACUAAUGGUGCCAGACCAAGCUCUGUAUACACUUGAACAAGCAAAUUCUGUGCGACUGAUUUCACAUCAGUGCCGUGAGUUUCACUGUGUACCAGACACGUCGAGCCAACCUGAGAGUUACAGGGAACUCCCUGACUUCCCCACACAGGCCACUCAGCCAGAUGUUGUGACGGCUCUGAUGUUAAAUAUUAAUGUGCCCUAAACUUUGCUUUUGGUUUCAUCUAACAAAUGGAUUUCCUCCUGGAUUUGCUCAACAAAGUGUUGCAUCUUUAAACAUUAUUUGAAAAAAAAAAUGUAUGCAAGUAUUUAUGAACCGAUGCUGUAUGCUAUUAAACAAAAGAUAACAUUUC